AGGAAUGUACCAAACAGAUCGUUUUGUUUUUUCGCGCUCGCAGAUCGCGUAUAAACCUCUCGGUAUCAACAGAACCGCGUUUUUGUCACUGCCAUGAGGGACGCGAGAAGCAGCAGCUGUCGGUGAGAGAAUAAAAAAACAAACAACCCAGGCGGGCCUCGAGUUUCUGACAUUUGGGAGAAUUCCAUUGUUUUUGUGUGUUUCGGAGUUCCCACUUAAAUUUUCGAGCUGGGUACUUGCGUGAGUUAUUUAUCCCGCACUCAUUCGGUGUCCCCCUCUGCGGACUUGUCCUGGGGAUACGACUUCCACAAUGGUCCAAACACGUGGCUCAAAGCGUUUCCGCAUGCUGCUGGGAAGAUGCAGUCUCCCGUGGACAUUAAGACCUCCCUCGUCGUCCAAGAUCCCCAGCUGUUGCAGAGACCCUUGUCCUGGACCUACAUUCCCAAGAACUGCAAGUCCUUGCUGAACACCGGCGAAGGAUGGAAAGUCAUUGUGGAGGGACAAGAUUCCUGUCUAACAGGAGGACCUCUUGAACACUCAUAUCAAUUAGUGCAAUUUCAUUGCCACUGGGGCAAGUGCUGCAGUUCUGGCUCUGAACAUACGGUUGACGGAAAGGGAUAUGCUGGAGAGUUGCAUCUAGUACAUUGGAACGUCGAUUUGUAUAAUAGCGUAGAAGAAGCUUUGGCAUCGCCAAAAGGAGUUGCUGUCAUCGGAAUAUUCUUCCAGGUAGGAAAACAUAAUGAAGAACUGAUGAAGAUAACGGAUCUGUUGCAUGAUAUAGCAAACAAGGGAAAUGAAUGCACUUUACCCAGAGUGGUAGACCCAUCUGCCUUCAUACCAGAGGUUCAUGAUUAUUGGACGUACGAAGGUUCAUUGACUACUCCGCCGUGCCAUGAAAGUGUCACUUGGAUUAUUUUCAAGAAACCCAUUGAAGUUUCCGAGGAACAGCUCGAAAAAUGUAGAAAUUUAUUUUCAUCAACAAUAAAGGCGAUUGUCAAUGGCGAACCAGUUCCUGGAAAAGUCACCCAAAAUGUCCGCCCAACGCAGCCUCUCAAUGACAGAACUAUUAGAGAAGCACCCUAUUAACCGGACGUGUUCAAUUUCAAGUUCUAUUGUAUUGUGAUAUUACCAGUUGAGAGAAAUACAUUGGUUACAUUAGUGUUUGUAUAAUUUUUGUUGAUUUUUUUAUAUUUAAGUUUUUUAAAUGAUUUGUAAAUAAGAGCUACUUCUUUUGCUUUCAAAACAUGAAUCUGAAUAUUUGUUGAUUGCUUAUUUCUAUUCAUUUCUGUAAAUCAAUGACAGGUGAAAUUGGACGUUCACAUCCAUAAAUUUUUAUGGAAGCUAAGAAUAUAAACAUAAACUUUCAAAAUUUGAUAAAUAGCUUCGAUCUGUAUUGUUUGAAAUAGCUAUACUUCAAUGCUUUAAUGUCAAUGUGAAUGUAAUUAACUUUUCAUAUUUUUUGUUUGUUCUUUUUUACCUAAUUAAAAUGUUAUGAUGAUUA